AUGAACACAUCAAAGGUAUUUGUGGAAAAUGAGCCAGACGGCAACCGCUACAUUGAACAAUUUUCAGGAGAAAAUACCCGCUGGGAAACUCUGGGCUUGCUUUUCGCGUACUGGUUUCUCGGUUCGCGGGGAGUCAAGAAUACACCAAAGACAGUGAAGUCUGCAGCAGUCCUGCGGAAAUGUCUCAACGAUUGCGUUCUGCUCGCCAGAGCCACGACCUCGAAGGCAGGAAAUACGUUGUCGGUCUACCUUCAUUACAAGCGAGGAAUCGUUGACUCUGUCGCUGAUGGAGAUGCAAGUCUUUCGUGCUGGCAAUCCCACGGAGAGUGCGUGACUCUCCUGACAUCUCUUGGGCUUCACAUCGACGACAGCGCGCCAAACCAGCCAUACGUGCCGACCCUCGCGUCUGAACUACGGCGAAGAUUGUUUGGCCACGUCUUCCACAGCGACAAAGCAGGAUCUACUUUCACGGGUCGUCCUCCUCUUCUGUGCGGCAAGUUUACUUCGACACCCUUGCCACUUGCUCUACGGGACGAGGACUUGUUGGCAGACGAGGAUACCCGAAAAGCGGCAGCAGAGGGCCUAGACAGCUACGGGUGGAAUAGAGACGGCGCCCUUCCGCCUGUAGGUAACCUGCGAGCCCGAGUGUGCUUCUCCAUGAUCCGCGAUGACAUAUUUGAGAUUGCUCUGGCAGUCAGACCCGUGGUAGUUCCAGCGCUACAAACUCUCAUGGGUAUAAAAGAGCGACAGCUGCAGGCUUAUGCUCAGCUGCCGUCAGCGAUGCGUUUGAACACCGCGGAGGUGAAGAAUUCGACACUGAAUGACGGUACGCUCUAUACACUGAUGGUUGUGCACCUGGAGCACCUGCAAAAUCUGUUUUUCGUCGAACAAUUGCUCUUUCGUGGGGGCCAUACGAACAACGACGACCUGUUACGAGUGAGCUUCGAGAUGGUAUCGACUGCCGUCAUGUUCUGGACCAACAUGGAUCGGUUUACCCCGUUGCAUUGGGAUUUCAUGUGGCUGGUGAUGGCGUAUGCCGCUCCGGGCGGAGGUGUUUUAUGCCUGGAGCUUCUCCGGCCUACACCCACCGGUGACCCUCAAAACCCCAAACCCUCCCGCUCCAAUAUCAUUCAACAGCUCAGUCUGCUGGUCGGUUUCCUGUCCUGGGUCAAGCCCUCCGCUCCGAACGCAGACCUCUGCGCCGACUGCAAAGUCGUGAUCCAGCACGUACUCGACCACGCACUGAACGAUACCGGCGCCGUCGGCAAUGCCAUGCCUGUGGACAUCUCAAGCUGGGACGUGUCUGCGCAGCUGGACUUCAACUUUGAUCUCAUGGACACAUUUGACUGGCUGCGACCAGAUUUUACUUGA